ACUUAGACGCACAUAUCCGGUUCAGAAAGCCGCCGAGAGGUCCUGAGGGAAGCUGCUCUCGCAUACCAGCCUGUUUAGCUAUUGCUAGCCAACAUGUCGGGAAGAGAAGGAGGCAAAAAGAAACCCCUUAAGGCUCCCAAGAAACAGACAAAGGACAUGGAUGAGGAUGAAGUGGCCUUCAAACAGAAGCAGAAGGAGGACCAGAAAGCUUUGGAGGCAAUGAAAGCCAAAGCAGCAGGAAAAGGACCUUUAAGUGGUGGUGGAAUCAAAAAGUCUGGGAAGAAGUGAAUUAGAAGUGUAAGCUACCAAACAAGCCGCUGUUCAAUGCUCAUCUGGGUCCACAGAUACAAAUGUACAUGCAAUAGCAUUUUUAAUUACUUUGCCUCCCUCUUGUAAGUUGAAAUAACUGAAAUAAAGUUUUGUAACUUA